CAGAAAAUCAGAUUAGAGAAGCUGAUGAAGAAUCCGGACAAACCGAUUGACAUCCCUAUGAGACGUGAGGACAAGAAGUUCGCCGAACCGCCAGAUUUUGUCCGAAAUAUAAUGGGGUCGAGUGCGGGUGCGGGCAGUGGGGAGUUCCACGUGUAUAGGCAUCUGAGGCGCAAAGAGUACGCCCGACUCAGACAUAUCGAGACUCAGGCCAAACAGGAACAACUCGAAGAUAAUUACCGCAAAAGAGUUGAUGACAACAAACGAAAAGCCGAAGAAAAGACGGCUAAAAAGAGAGCCAAACGACAGAAACGCAAACUUAAACAGAGGGCCAAGAAGUCAAAGACAGGGAAAGACAAUGAAAGUCAAGACAGUGAUAGCGAUGAGAGUGAGGAACAGGAGGCGCAAGAGGAACCGUCACAGCCUUCAACUGUCGACAAAUGAUUACACGAUUUCUUGAAUUACAAUUAUAUUCUCAUCCAAUAAAUUGUAUAAAUUUACUUCAUUUAUAAAAAUUUAAAAACUCAUUUAAAAUUUGAAUAAACUAUACGACGAGUACGUGUUUAUUAUAUCGAGAUCUCUGGCAAUAAACGCUAUAAAACCUAAACGAAUAGCAAAAAUAAAUGAAUAAAAAAUAUGAUAAUUUCGCA